GUGAAUGUCUGCGUCGGGACGGGGGCACGGAACUGCUGUAGGGUCGACGAAUAAUUGGAGAUGAAAGGGAUAGAUGGCUAUUAAACAGUGGUUUUAGAAUUGUAGUGGUAAACUGGCAACAGUACAAUCAUCUGUAGCCUUAUUUUAAAGCAAAUAGUACAUGAGGACUCGCGAAGGAAGUGCUUCGCAGAAAGGUAGUAAAUGUAGGGAGAGUUGGGGAGGGCUGUAGCUGCUGGUGUUUUUUUUUUGGAGAGGGAAAACAACAUGGCUGCGGUGGAGCUCGAAUGGAUCCCAGAAACACUGUACAACACCGCUAUCUCGGCUGUGGUGGACAACUACAGCCGAUCGAGAAGGGACAUACGGUCGCUCCCAGAAAAUAUACAAUUCGAUGUCUAUUAUAAGCUUUACCAACAGGGCCGGCUCUGCCAGUUAGGAGGAGAGUUCUGUGAACUUGAGGUGUUUGCUAAAGUACUGCGGGCUUCAGACAAAAGACACCUCCUGCACCACUGCUUUCAAGCACUAAUGGACCAUGGUGUGAAAGUGGCCUCAGUUCUGGCAAACUCCUUCAGCCGCCGCUGUUCCUACAUCGCGGAGUCUGAUGCCCAUGUCAAAGAGAAGGCCAUCCAGUUUGGCUUUGUGUUAGGUGGCUUUUUGUCUGAUGCAGGCUGGUAUGGCGAUGCAGAGAAAGUGUUUCUGUCGUGCCUGCAGCUGUGCACGCUCCACAGUGAGGUCCUCCACUGCUACAGAGCUGUGGAAUGCUGUGUCAGGCUGCUUCAUGUCCGCAAUGGCAAUUGUAAGUACCAUCUGGGGGAGGAGACUUUCAAGCUUGCUCAGUCUUACAUGGACAAACUAGCCAAACAUGGCCACCAGGCCAACAAGGCAGCAUUGUACGGCGAGCUUUGUGCCUUGCUCUUCGCCAAAAGUCACUAUGAUGAGGCAUACAGGUGGUGUAUAGAGGCUAUGAAAGAAAUUACUCCAGGGCUGCCUGUCAAAGUAGUGGUUGAUGUCCUCCGGCAAGCCUCUAAGGCCUGCGUGGUAAAGAGAGAAUUCAGAAAAGCAGAGCAGCUGAUCAAACAUGCAGUGUUUCUUGCAAGAGAACAUUUUGGACACAAGCAUCCCAAGUACUCCGACACGCUGCUAGAUUAUGGAUUUUACUUAUUAAAUGUAGACAACAUAUGCCAAUCCGUUGCUAUUUACCAGACAGCGCUAGACAUCCGGCAGUCUGUGUUCGGGGGCAAGAAUAUUCAUGUUGCCACAGCCCAUGAAGACCUGGCCUACUCCUCAUAUGUACACCAGUAUAGCUCUGGGAAAUUUGACAAUGCUCUAUUCCAUGCAGAACGUGCCAUAGACAUCAUAACACACAUUCUGCCUGAGGACCAUCUGCUGCUGGCCUCCUCCAAGAGAGUCAAAGCUCUGAUUUUGGAGGAAAUUGCCAUUGACUGUCACAAUAAAGAGACAGAAGAGCGCCUUCUUCAAGAGGCACAUGACCUUCAUCUUUCCUCACUGCAGCUGGCCAAGAAGGCCUUCGGAGAGUUCAACGUCCAGACAGCCAAACACUAUGGCAACCUAGGAAGACUCUACCAGUCCAUGAGGAAGUUCAAGGAGGCAGAGGAGAUGCACAUCAAAGCCAUCCAGAUCAAGGAGCAGCUUCUGGGUCAUGAGGACUACGAGGUGGCUCUGUCUGUAGGUCACCUGGCCUCCCUCUACAACUAUGACAUGAACCAGUAUGAAGACGCAGAGAGACUCUACCUACGCUCCAUCGCUAUUGGUAAGAAGCUGUUUGGAGAGGGUUACAGUGGGCUGGAGUACGACUACAGAGGCCUGAUCAAACUCUACAACUCAGUGGGAAACUACGAGAAGGUAUUUGAAUACCACAAUGUGCUGUCCAACUGGAACCGGCUGAGGGACCGGCAGUUUGCCGUUGCAGAUGCCCUGGAGGAUGUCAACACUACACCCCAGCAGACCCAGGAGGUGGUGCAAGCUUUCCUAUUGGCUCAGAGCCUGGGCCCCACCCGCCCCUGUCUCGGCUGAUUUCAUGAGGGAAGAGAUUAAAAAAAGACAGGCGGGCUUUUGCCUGGUGAGGACACAUAUUAAGCCCAACUGUGAUGCACACAGUUAACUAGUAAAUUCAAGCAUCACCGGUGAGUCGGUUGGCUUCAUAGUCACUGCAGCUGCCAGUACACACAGACAUACACACACUUUUAGUUGUGGAAAAAAAACGUAGAGAAGACACCAUUAUCAAACCUCAUUGACAUUCACACAAACCACCAAGAUGCAACUGGAGACUGGAUGCAGCUUCACCCCACAAAGCAGACUUUUGCAUUUCUCCAAGAGAAAGAGGACACACGACCGGGGGGGAAAGUUAAAAAAACAACCUCAAACAUCCUGUAAGGAUGACAAAUGACCUCUCCUCUUCUCUUGUCUUGCUCGCCUUUUUCUUUUCAAUUUGGAAUUGGAGGAGAUUUUUGCUUUUUGUAUUUGAACCAGUGUAGCUCUGAAUGCCAUGAGACUCAUCACAGAUAAAAAACCAUGUUCUCCAGGGCUAUAUACAUGACAGUAUCUGGACCCAUACACGUGUGAAAAAGUUGUUUCAGCCUUCAUCCAGCAACAUCAUCACAUGGUGGAUCAGAGAUGGAAAAUGUCAGAUAUUUUUGACACUUGUACAGUAAAAUAAUACAGCAGAUUGUAAACUUAA